UUGUUUAAGUAACGCGUUUUUUUCACGUACAGUAUGUUUUCGAGAUUUCUUGUGUAUUGACUUGCAUUUUUCUGUUAGCCAUGUCACUCCUUGAACGUGUUGAACGUUGGCGAUUGCAGCUGAUCGUGAUCCUCUUCAUCAUCUCCUCGACAUGUGCCGAAGAGUAUCGGAUCGUCACGACGUGGGACAACAGGACAAUCGAUCAUCAGGAUCGACCUGUUGUCAUCCGGCUGGAACGUCAUGACAUGUCGGCCUUUAAAAUUUCCGUCGAUGCCCCGUUUUUCAACGAUCCACCUAAUCCUAAUGGCACAGUAGGCGAGCCAUUUUUCACAUUGUGGGAUUACGAAGUGGUGGAGGUGUUUUUCCUUAACGACAAGAAUCAGUACGUUGAAAUCGAAUUAUGCCCGUGGGGACAGCAUAUCGUGUUAUUGUUGAACGGGCAGCGUAAUACGAUACGACACAGUUUGUUUAUCGAGUUUACGGCCACUCGCAACAGUACGCAUUGGCAAGGUGUGGCCUUUAUUCCCGUUGAGUUCCUGCCGCCGAACGUGACAGAGAUGAACGCCUAUGCCAUUCACGGCUCUGGUGCAAACCGCGUUUACGAGUCGCUUUAUCCAGUUGCGUUCAACUCGACGGCCGGGGCAGAUUUUCAUAAUCUUGCUGCUUUUAAACCGUUCGAUGUGGGCAUUAUCGUCGAGGAUGCAGUCGUUAAAUAUUCUGAGACUUGGGUUGAUUCAUUCACAGGGAUGCGGAGAUUGGGAAUCAAACACACCUGGAACGGGACGUUGCUUAAUUCGAAUGACGCUGUUGAACUGGAGCUUGAAACUAAGUCUGGUCGUGGGUUGAUUGUGAGAAUUGAAGCUCCUCGUUACGGCGAUGCUCUGCCUCCAGGUCCGAGUGGUUGGCCGUUUGAUGGUCUUUCGUCUUUCGAAGUUGUCCAUCUCCUUUUGCUGGGCGAAGGUGAUGCAACGGCUCUUGAACUUCAAUUUGGACCGACGGGCCAUUAUGCUGUGGUCUUUUGGACGAACCGUACAAAGUUGGGCGAUUUAGGACGAGAAAUGACGUAUGUAACGAACGAUUUCAAUUCCGAACGUUGGAAAGGGGAAGCUUUCAUCCCUCUCGCUUAUCUUCCUCCACGGGUUUAUAAAUGCAACGCCCAUUCGGCUCACGGUCCGCAAGGCAAUCAACGUCAAAUUAACAGUUUAUACCCGUCCAAGUCGAACGAACUCCGUCCAGAUUUCCAAAAUUAUGGUGAUUAUAAAGCCAUUGAUAUGACGAUGAUUUACCCGGGCAACGACGACGUUACUUGCUCUGAUGUCUGGGCGGACAACGUCAACUGCCGGCCAGAGCCGCCGCUCCCUUCCGCUGCCGGUCACGCACCCAUUGGCCAUUACGUACUUCUCUUGAUUACAGCGUUUGUUUCAACGUUUAAAACGGUCGCUUAAAUGAUUUAAAA